AUGACUUCUCCAUUUGUUUUGGUGAAGAUUCUAAAACUAUAUCAAAAGGAAUAUUAUGAUGAAUAUGUUUUACCUUUAUUACGUAAGCCAAAAAUAACAUUUGAUAUCAAACUUGACGACUCGUUUUUGAUAACAGAUAUUAGACGCAAGGCUGAAAAUCAUCAGUAUAAAAACAGUUCUGAAGUAAUUGAGGAUUUAUCACGUGUAAUCCGUUUUGUAGAUUGUGGAAAUAAAUAUUUCAUUCAGAAAGAUUACAACAUACACGACAAAAUGAAUCAAAUAUCAUUUGUUCUUCAAUCAAACAUGAAAGAGUCACUCAAAAUGAUUAAAUUAUUUAAAGAAGAAGGUAAAACAAUAACAGCAUGGGAUGUACUACUAAAUCAAUUAUCCUCAUUAACCGUUAAGGGUGUUUGCUUUAAAUCUGAUUCCCCCGAUGUUUUCUCAACGUUUCAUGGUUAUAAAUACAACAUUCUUGAAAAGCCUGAUUACUCAAAAAUUGAGAUGUUUAUGAAUUUCAUUAAAGAAGCCAUUUGUGAUAAUAAAUGUAUUUGA